AUGUUCGCCCUCUCCGAAGAGUCCAAGGAGCGCAUUGGCAAGAUCAUUGAGAUCUCCCGCAUUGCCAUUCACUACGGCUACCUCCCUCUCGUCCUCUACCUCGGCUACACUCGCAGCGAACCCCGUCCCGCUUUCAUCCGCACGCCAUGGCCUAAAGCUCAGGCUGUAGUCGACCAACUUCGCGUCCACAUUAUGAACAAAUCCCACGAGCGAUGUAUUACCUUUGAGGCCGAUGAACAGAACACUCAUCUAGAAACUCCUUUGCAAGCGUCGGGGUUUGUUGCAGUCAAAUCCUUCGAAAGGAGUUUAGCUGUGGCUGAAGCUCUGAAAAGUGACAGCGGAGCCGCAAUUUUCAAUGUGACAGAGGUCCUUCUCACUUCUAUGUCAGAAAGCAACAAUGCGGGCAUCUCACCCGCUCUCGUCGAGUCCGUCGCGGGUCUCUCGGCCGGCUCGGUUGCGACUCUGGUAGUUCACCCGCUUGAUAUCGUGAAGACGCGAAUGCAAAUUCACCGGAGUGCGGCAAAUCCUUCAGUGUCAUUGACAACCAUGUCACUCAUCCGCACGCUCACUCAGAACCCGCAUCCCAUCGCCUCCCUCUACCGCGGCCUGACGCCGAAUCUCAUCGGCAACGCCUCGAGCUGGUCUGCCUUCUUCUUCUUCAAGUCACGCGUCGAGCGCGUCAUCGCGCUCUGGAGGGCCGGCUACAUGCCGCUGACCAGCGGCUCCGGCGCCGACGCCCGCAACCUGACGAAGGAGUACCUCACCACGCAGGACUUCUUCGCGUCGUCCGCGCUCGCCGGGGCCCUAACGCAGGUCCUGACGAACCCGGUCUGGGUGCUCAAGACGCGCAUGCUCUCGUCCGACCGCACCGCCGUGGGCGCGUACGCCAACAUGUGGACCGGCGCACGGCAGCUGUACCGCUCCGAGGGGCUGCGGGGCUUCUACCGCGGCCUCGGCGUCAGCCUCGUCGGGGUUUCGCACGGCGCGGUGCAGUUCGCCGUGUACGAGCCCGCCAAGAAGAUGUACUUCGCCGGCAGGCAGCGCAAAGGCGACAACGGAGGGCGACUGAGCAACGAGGCGACCGUGGUCAUCUCGAGCGUGGCGAAGCUGGUCGCGGGGGCCGUGACGUACCCCUACCAGGUUCUCCGGAGCCGGUUGCAGAACUACGACGCCGACGAGCGGUUCGGACGCGGCAUCCGGGGUGUCGUGAAGAGGAUUUGGCAGGAAGAGGGGUUCAGGGGGUUCUACCGGGGCCUGAUGCCGGGAGUCGUGAGGGUGAUGCCGGCUACCUGGGUCACUUUCCUCGUGUACGAGAACGUCAAAUAUUACUUGCCGCAAUGGGCGGCCUAG